AUGGGGGCAGACAGGACCUCACCUCUGUGUGGCUUUAGCCUUCUUCAGAGCUGCUGCUGGGGCAGAAGCAGAAGGGUCCAGCCUGAGGCAUCGCGACCAGAGGCCUUCCCUCACCCUCACAGACUUCAAACAGAAGGCAACCGUCUAGGAACCAAUCGACCAUUUUCACAGAAGUUUGGUUCUACUGUAGGGACAUUGCCUCAGCUCGAGCCUCCGGUGGUCCAGGUGGUGGUCAGCAAUGCCAAACACCAGCAUCACCAGUCAGACACCAUCCUGCCCCAACUUGCCAACAAGGGGGUCCAAAACAACUGCCAAACACACUCAGAUGAAAGGCCGAAGCCCAUCCAGCAGUUUACCAAGCGGUUCGGAACAGCGAUGGAGAACCUGUCAGACUCCCGCAGCACAAAGAGUCUUGGCAACAAGCUGGAGAGGGAGAAAACGAUUGAUGGACCGAGGAUGCCCAUGUCUCCCUUAGAGGCACUGAAGAACUUCCAGGACAGGCUCACUGAGUUUGAGCAGGAGGAGAUUAUGGACUACGCAGAGACCUGGUUCCUGGGUCUGGGCUCCCAGAAGAUAGAGGCCUCCCACAGCACACCGCAAAACUCUGGAUUUGACGAUGAACAUGGAAGCUACAUCAGGGUCCUGCAUGACCACGUUGCCUAUAGGUAUGAGGUACUGGAGGUCAUCGGAAAAGGCUCCUUCGGUCAGGUUUUAAAAUGUAUGGACCACAAGAACAAUGAGCUGGUAGCCAUUAAGAUGAUACGCAAUAAGAAAAGGUUUCAUCAUCAGGCUCUCGUUGAGCUGAAGAUCCUGGAUGCAGUGAAGAGGAAGGACAAAGACAACCUCCACAACGUCAUUCACAUGAAGGAGUACUUCUACUUCCGCAAUCACCUUUGCAUCUCUUUUGAGCUUCUCGGGGUCAACCUAUAUGAGCUGAUCAAGAAAAACAACUUCCAGGGUUUCAGUCUGGCCCUCAUUCGCCGUUUCGCCCAUGCUCUUCUCAGGUGCCUCCAGAUGCUGAACAGAGAGAAGAUCAUUCACUGCGACCUCAAACCGGAAAACAUACUUUUGUCUCAGAGAGGCCAAGGGAACAUCAAGGUGGUUGACUUUGGAUCUAGCUGCUAUGAACAACAGAGGGUGUACACCUACAUUCAGAGCCGUUUCUAUCGCUCCCCUGAGGUCAUCCUGGGUCACCCUUACAGUAUGGCCAUUGACAUGUGGAGUCUGGGCUGCAUCUUGGCCGAGCUCUACACAGGCUACCCCCUCUUCCCUGGAGAGAGCGAGGUGGAGCAGAUAGCAUGCGUCAUGGAGGUUCUUGGGAUUCCUCCAGAUGAUUUUGUACAGACGGCGUCUCGGAAAAGGUUGUUCUUCGACUCCAAAGGAAACCCAAGGAACAUCACUAAUAGCAAGGGCAAGAAGCGGAAACCCAACUCCAAGGAGCUGUCGACUGUAUUGAAAACUAAUGAUGCUUUGUUUUUAGACUUCAUCAAACGCUGCCUGAGUUGGGAUCCAACUAAGCGUAUGACUCCAGAUGAAGGCUUGCAGCAUGAGUGGAUUCUGGAGGGCAAUUUCAACAAAGUGCGUCCCAAAACGAGACCAUCACUUAGCAAGGCCUCAGAGAGCAUAAGCAGCACUGAAAACACCUUCGAUCACAGUUACCGCAAACCACCAACAAGCAGGGGCAGUUCUGAGAGUAACACCAACGACAAACUAAAGAGGGACAGUUCUGCAGGUCGCAUAAAGAUGGCACCUGCCGAGCGCCUGCGGCCUAUUGGGGCCUCAGCAGAAGAGGAGGUGUGUGAAAGUGGGACUCGGGUCGCCGUAGACACCAAGCAACAGGGCAGAGGAGGAGAAAGGCCCGUUCACAUCAUCAUUAAGUCUCAACAGGAAGGUGGGAUGGACAAAGAAGACAGCCAGGAAGCUUCUCCGUAAAGAAGCGUGUGCGUCCCGUGCUCUAUUGUGAGGGUUUUGGGGAGGGGCUAUCUGUAUAACUAGCAAAUAGGGACAUCUCAAGGUCAAGCUAAUCUUUAUUGUCCCCAAGGGGCAAUUUGUUGCACAGCCAUCAGUGAAUACAAUCAUCAUCAACGAUCAACACACACCAAUCAACAAACAAACAAUUCACACAAUUUAAUGUUGUUCUACUGGUGUUGGUUCGGCAAGAAUUCAUUUUUUCCGAUGUUCGCCAUUUGCAUGAUAGUGUGGUCAGUCAUCCUAUUGCACUUCAUGUCAUAAAGGUGUCAAGCUGUGGCUGUGGUCACAAAUCAGAAAAGCUACUGUACAUUUUGCGUUCUUCUAAAACUUGUUGGGUUUUUAAAAAAACACCAAGCCAUCUGCCACAGAAAAGUCGACACGUCAAGCCCCAGUUCAGAUGAUAAAAACAGGAACCAUGUCAGUUCAAAUCCCCGUGUUACCUCCGGCUUGGUCGGGCGUCCCUACGGACACAAUUGGGCGUGUCUAUGAGUGGGAAGCCGGAGGUGGGUAUGUGUCCUGGUCGCCGCACUAGCGCCUCCUCUGGUUGGUCGGGGUGCCUGUUCAGGGGGAGGGGGAACUGGGGGGAAUAGCGUGAUCCUCCCACGUGCUACAUCGCCCUGGCGAAACUCCUCACUGUCAGGUGAAAAGGAGCGGCUGGAGACUCCGCAUGUAUGGAGGAGGCAUGUGGCAGUCUGUAGCCCUCCCCAGAUUGGCAAAGGAGGUGGAGCAGUGACCAGGAUGGCUUGGAAGAGUGGGGUAAUUGGCCAAUACA